GUCACGCCUGCGGAUUGAUCUCUCGUUCACGGUAUCGUCGGUGAUAACUUUAAUGUAUUGUAAAAUAAAUACCAUUCUUAAUUAUUAAUACCUUGUCAGAGUAGUUUUGUCCUACUAAGAAGAAAAUAAAAUGCUAGCCGUGUUCAUUGAUUUGUCACUGGAAGAUCAGGCAGUGGAACUAAGGACUUUCUUUAAAAGCCUUGGUGCUGAAAUUUCACAAGAAAAGUCUCCAAAAGGAAUAGAGGAUGACUUGCACAAGAUAAUUGGAGUGUGUGAUGCUUGUUUUAAGGAAGGAAAUGAAGCUGACAUUGAAGGUGUUCUUAAUGCUAUAGUUUCCAUGCUGGUUUUGAUUCCUGUUGAAAGGGCUGAAAAUUUGAUUCUGGCUUUUAGUGAAAAGUUAACCAAAGCUCCUGGCCACAAACUUGGUCUGAUAACUUUACGAGUGCUAUGGCUGCUGUUCCAAUCGCUAGACAAGAGGUCUCCAAUGAGAUAUCAAGUCUACUAUCACCUCGUGCAGAUAGCCAGCAAAGUGGACCAGGUGCGAGCUGUGUUCAAGGACGUGGACACUCUCAAGCAACAGUUAGUCCUCUGUCAACCUUCCAACGAGCAAAUGCAGAAGUUGCUCAGACUGUUACACGAAGUGCUGCUUGCCAGCAAACAGAGUGAGUUGGCAGCAAAGGUGAUGGUGGAGCUGUUAGGGACUUACACGACUGAGAACGCCAGCCAAGCCAGAGAGGACGCCCAGCGCUGUAUCAUAGCCGCCCUGGCUGACCCUGGCACAUUCCUGCUGGACCCUCUGCUGGCACUCAAACCUGUGCGCUUCCUGGAGGGAUCACUGGUCCACGAUCUUCUCAACGUCUUUGUCUCCGAGAAGCUUUCCAAUUACGUCUCUUUCUACCAGGACCACAAGGAAUACGUACAGUCGCUAGGUUUGAACCACGAACAGAACCUUAAGAAGAUGAGGCUGUUGACAUUCAUGCAGCUUGCCGAGGGCAGCACCGAGAUGUCAUUUGACACUAUCCAGCGAGAGCUACAGCUGCAGGCCGACCAGGUCGAACCGUUCAUCAUUGAUGUUUUGAAAACAAAGCUGGUUAGAGCGCGUCUGGACCAGUCCAACAGGAAAGUGCACAUCUCCAGCACGAUGCAUCGUACCUUCGGCCGCGCCCAGUGGCAACAGUUGAGAGACAUUCUUUUCUCCUGGAAGCAGAACCUUGCCAACGUACAGGAGGGCAUGAAAUCUGUGGUUGCUGUUCAGAAGGAACUGGCUGCUAAAUAAAACGUCUUAUUUCUUCGUUUUAUGCUUUAUAUUAAAAUGGUGUAAAGCUAU